UUCAAGGCGUACAUGGUGACGUCUUUCCCCAGCGACAGGAAGAUAAUCACACAUACACACAAAACAAAAAACGGCCUGACUCUGUUAGUACUUUGAGGUGUUUGUGCCCUAUUUUCUGGGUGAGUUGACAGAAUGGCCUUGGAAACGGUCCCCAAAGACCUGCGCCAUCUACGGGCUUGUCUUCGUUGCUCGCUCGUAAAGACUAUCGACCAGUUUGAAUACGACGGCUGUGACAACUGUGAGUCGUUUCUUCAGAUGAAGGGCAACAGAGAGAUGGUUUAUGAAUGCACGAGCUCCUCGUUUGAUGGGGUGAUAGCCAUGAUGAGCCCUGACGACAGCUGGGUGGCCAAAUGGCAGAGAAUUGGAACCUUCAAGCCUGGAGUUUACGCCGUGUCAGUAACUGGCAGACUACCUCCAGGUGUGGUGAGAGAGCUGAAAAGCAGAGGUGUGAUCUACAAGUCCAGAGACACAGCUGUGAAGUCAUAACCCCGACUUUUCCCCUGGCCCUGAUGAGCUGCAGCACCAUUUCCUUUAUGUUUUGUAUCAAACUGUUAACUUUUCAUUCUUUUAUGUUGUGAUUACUCCUAUAAACACAGGUUACAAGGCAAAAAAACUUAUUUGAGUAAUUGGAAAUGAAAUAAAGUUAUUUUAAAAAUGAAAUGUCAUUCAUCACUAAAAUAAGUUUAAAAAAAAAAGUUUAAUAUAUCCGCAUUGUGCCAGAUCUGACUGAUUUAGAGAUAGAAACGCACCAUUAAGAAUCACCUUUCUUACUUUAAGCAGCUUGUUAGUUGGUGAAAAGUGUGUAAUAGUGCCAGUUAUUCAGUGACUUUUCUUCUACAAUGUACAUCACCUAUUUAGUUCAAUAGACAAAUGUUUCUGGCCACCUUAAGAAUAGAACCUCAAGCUUCAGACCACUGAACAAGAAUUGAAUAAACAAGUAAACAUGUUAGCUCCAAGAUCUUCUCAGUAUGUCUGUAGAUUGUGCUUGUUUGAAAUGUCCUCUAUUUCCUCACAGAAGAAGGAAUUGGUGCUUUAGCAGACACGAGUAGGACGGGCUGCAGUAGCAACGCACUGGAGAGAGGAGGAGCUAUAGUCC